UCAAGGUGUGUGUUACAGGGUCUUUCUGAGUGUGAGCUUGAGAAUCCUUGAGAUUAUCUCCUCCUGCGGCCAUUCAAAGGAAAGGCCAUGGCCAUGGCUGCUUUCCUACUAGCUUUGAUGCAACUGGCUCUAUUGCCAUCAGCUUUUGGAGGUGCAUAUUAUGGACAUAAGCCACAUCCUCAACAACAUCAACCCUUACCACAGAUGCCUCACAUGGGCAUGGGAAAGGAUAUGUCACACAUGCCAUAUCCACACUACAGAAAAGACCUACCAAUGCACCUAAACAAAGGCAAAGAUAUGAAAGGUGAGACCAUUCCCAGAGGUGAGCAAGGUGUUCAAGGAGAGACUGGACCGCAAGGGCCCCCUGGUCCAUCUGGGCCCCAAGGACCUCCUGGGCCUCAAGGUAUUGGUAUACAAGGCCCCUCUGGAAAGCAAGGACCUCCUGGUCCUCCAGGAUUUCCAGGAGUUGGUAAGCCAGGAAUGCCAGGUAUGCCUGGGAAGCCAGGAGGUACUGGGGAGCCUGGACAGCAAGGUGAACAGGGACCCCGAGGUGAAGAGGGGCAACCAGGCAUGACUGGGCCACCUGGCCCUCCUGGACCCCCCGGCCUACCAGGAAUAGGAAAGCCUGGUGGACAAGGAUUACCAGGACAGCCAGGGGCUAAGGGAGAGCCAGGACAUAAAGGUUUUCCUGGUCUCCCAGGAUUACCUGGGCCUAAAGGUGACAGAGGAAUUGGACAGCCAGGCCCACUAGGGCCAAGAGGGCCAGUUGGGCCACCUGGCCCUCCAGGGCAAGGAGGAUUACCAGGAGUGGGUAAGCCUGGGCUUCCUGGUGUAGCAGGUCCACCUGGUAUGCCAGGAAAACCCGGACAGCCUGGAGAGCCAGGUCCAGAGGGACCAUCUGGCGGACAAGGCCUACAAGGACCACAAGGUGCCCCUGGUAUUGGAAUUCCAGGAGAAAAAGGAUUACCAGGACAGCCAGGUGCACCUGGCCACAAAGGAUUACAAGGACCACCAGGGCUGCCUGGGAAACCUGGAUUACCUGGAUUUGGCAAGCCUGGAUACCCCGGCCCAAAGGGUGACAAAGGGAUGGGAGGGCUUCCUGGUCCUCAGGGACCAAAAGGAGAGAAAGGUUACGAUGGUCAACCAGGCAUGACAGGUCCCCCUGGUCAAACUGGUCCUCCAGGCCCUCCAGGACCAGUGGGGGCACCAGGUGGAAUUGGUUCCCCUGGACUAAAAGGAGAGGGAGGUGCAGAAGGAGCCAAGGGAGAUCCUGGACCUAUGGGGCAGCCAGGUCCUCCAGGAUUUCCUGGCCAACCAGGCCUCCAAGGUGAAGAUGGAGAACCUGGGCCAAGAGGACCACAAGGACCCAUAGGUCCCAAAGGAGAAGGAGGAAGCAGAGGUCUACCUGGUCCCCCAGGUCCAUCUGGCUUGCCUGGUCUUAAAGGAGAACUUGGUCAGCCCGGGCCUGAAGGACCACAGGGUCCUAAAGGCAUUCCAGGACUUGCAGGGCCAGGAGGACCAAUUGGGCCUCCUGGAUCUCCCGGGCCAAAGGGAGAAGUUGGUCCACCAGGUCAAGCUGGUCCACCUGGUGAAGGCAUUGCUGGAAUCCCUGGUCCUGUUGGUCCAGCAGGUCCACCUGGCCCAAAUGGAUCCCCAGGUCAGCCAGGACUCCCAGGUCCACCAGGACCUCCUGGACUCCCAGGCCCCCCUCCUUCUCCUGACCUGAUGGGUGUUCUUCCUGAGAUGGGCCCUGCCAUAGAUGGUGUGAAAACUGGUGGGUACAAGAAAGGGAAGUAUGCAGGUGGGGGUGAUAUGAUGGGUGCCAAUGGUCUGGAGAUGCCUGCUUUCACCGCCCAGCUGACCACACCAUUCCCUCCAGUUGGCACGCCAAUAGUGCUUGACAAACUGCUGUAUAACGGGCGUCAGAAUUACAACCCUCAGACCGGUGUGUUCACCUGUGACCUCCCAGGCAUCUACUAUUUUGCCUAUCAUGUCCACUGCAAGGGUGCCAAUGUAUGGGUUGGGCUCUAUAGGAAUGGGGAGCCACUUAUGUACACAUAUGAUGAGUACAAGAAAGUUCUGGAUCAAGCAUCUGGGAGUGCUGUGAUUCCAUUACAGCCUGGAGACACAGUUUAUUUGCAGUUACCAUCUGACCAGGCAGCUGGAUUUUAUGCAGGACAGUAUGUCCACUCCUCCUUCUCUGGCUUUUUACUGUACCCGAUGUAGACCGCAAGAAUAAGAUAAAGAAUUUUAAGGAGAAAGAGGGAAGAAAGAACUGACAUUAAAAUGUUUGACUUUUAAAAAGUGUCAAUAUUUUUAAGUACAUUUUCACAGGGAAGAAAGAAGACUCAUAGAAACAGCUCCUUUAAACUCAACAUAACAAUAUCAGUCUGCAGACUGUAUGAGCAUAUGCAAUGCUAAAUUACAGAAUACUGUGUCUAUAACGAUAC